AUGGUUAUCAAACCGGUUAUGAAACAACCCCUGGCGGAUGGUUACAUUGAUCCGGGAAACCCGCAUACCAUCAACAAUAUUCUUGUGGAUGAGCUAGGUCGUGAUGAGGUCUUGCUGUUGGCAACUGAUUCUGGCAACGUUUGUGGAUACCAUGUUGAAGCGAUCUUCUCUGCUUUGAAGCGAUGCACAAAAAGCGGAUAUAAGCGGCCGUUCGAUGGCGCCGAAGUAACUCCAUUCUUCGUGGAAAAUGUCGGGAUGAGCGCCUGGGGACUCGCAACCCACAAAUUUGCCCGUCUGAUUGCCAUAAGUGCGAAUACUGGCCAGAUCACGGUAUAUGCGUUUGCCUUAGUGGACCCGUCUUCCGAAGACUUGGAUGAUCCUGCCUCAGAUCCCGACUCGGACGGCUUGAACGCCACCCAGUCCGACCAGACCUGGGUCUCCAUUCAUAACAUUAAGCAACUACGGGAGUUACAGAGGUCUAUGCCUCGUAACCACCGUUCCCGCAAUCUGCGCUUGACGUACAGAGGUCACUUUGACAAUAUCCCAAACAUAUCCUUUGCCAACUUUGACUUGGAUUCGAAUGGCUCAUGGAUGGCCAGCACUGACAUCAGCAACCGUGUUAUUAUUUGGCGGAUCUGGGAUGACCUAGGUCCAUACAGGGUAUACUAUCCUGGCCACCCGUUGAACAAUCCUCCCCAGCGAGGAUGGACUGUCAUACCGCUGGACCCAAGAACCUUCAAACGACAUCAAACGAAAGAGGAUGCAUGUGGAUGCCAGCCAGGCUCUGUUCUUCUGGCGUCUAGAACAAUCUUAGAUGUGUCGAGAGCCAUCCAAGAUGUGUCAGAUGCGUCGCAAAUAUUUGUAUUCGGCUCCAUCAAUUCCAAUCGCCCGCGUCACCCCGAUCGCCGAGUUGAUUGUUUGCCUGAUAUUAUAUUCUCGUCUGGUUGCAGGAUUCGCCAGCCUUCUCGAACGAGCAAAAGGUUAGGCCUGGAACCCUCAAACGCGGUUGACGAUAAGUCGCAAACGGUGCUCGAAGAGGAAACAGAGGAUGAUUUAGAACUGGACGACAGCGCGAGCGACUCGUCGGACCGAGUGGUGCGGAGUAAACGCCCGCUGGCUAGCCUUUUUGAGGAAGAUGGCGAGUCUCUCCGCGGAACAUCUUGUUUGCAUCCAGACUUUAUCUAUGACUUGGAAGGCUUCUCUGACAGCAGCCUGAGGCUCUUCACAGAAAGGCCUGUGCAUCCCGCACAUCCUCCCCAAUUCUUUCCCACCAUCCACUUUUCUGAGCAUCAUAUUAGCAUGGCGCCUUAUCCAAUCGACUCGGACUACCACAUACUCAGCCGAAAUCCUCUAUUUCAACGCUUUUCUUUCACUGUCGAGAUGAGCUCCGCCUGUGAUCGCUUCAAUAUGGUCAAAUACGUUCCUGAGCUUGGGCUCGUAGUAGCAGCAUCGCAGAAAGGCCGCGUUGCGGUCAUUUCUCUCACUUGGCAAGAGGAGAUAGGCUAUGCAUUCCGCCUUGAUUGGGUCCUUCCGUUUCACACUCAAGAGCGUAGUGAUGAACGACCCAUGACCCCACUCCUUGGUAUGGCUGUCAGCCCUAUGCCAGGGUACGAAAUCCCACCGGAUGUUCCCUGCAUCCCGCGUGGCAUCGAUCCAGAUGAUUGGCUUCAAUUCAAUUACCGAAUCCUCAAUCCCGAAGAAGACGACACCCCUUCUUCCCCCUCUAAAACCUCCGACUCCUCCGCAUCUAAACCCGCUGCUCAGCAGGAGUCAUCUCAUGACCCGCAAUCCGACGACGAAGAUGACGGCGAAGAUUACCAAUCCCCAUCUAAAUCCAAAUCUGACUCCACUCAUUCAGAUGAAGCAUCUUCAACCACACACUCCAACACGACAGAAUCAUCCGAAAACAACCGAAAUUAUACCCUGCCAGAACUCCACGCCCAUGCCUCACGGGCUUAUCAUCCGCAGGAACGCUGGCAGGGCUGGCACCCUUCGCGCCACUACAGAUUGAUGCUUCUGUAUUGCGACCAUACUGUGAUGAGCUACGAAUUCUGGCAUGACUGGAAUGACUGA